CAUAAAAAGGGGAAACCCAGAGAAAAACACAUCAUUUGUCUUCAGUAGCUAACCCAUUACAGUUCCAAUUUUGGUUUUCACGUAAAAAUGAGCUUUGCUAACGAAUUGCAAACGAUUCUGGAGAAAUUGUUAAUUUCUGAUAAAACUCGAUCCGAGUAUACAAAAGACGCUGAGGAAAUUCAAAAUUAUGUGGUGAAAGAACUAAAACGAGUAGAUGACACUUUUCGCGAUGUUUUCGACGGGCUAAGCCUAGGUGGAAGUUACUUGGAUCGCGUCAAGUUAAACGUUCCCGAUGAAUUUGACCUGCACAUGAAACUAAAAUUUCCAUUCGAUAUCACCCCGGAGUCAACAAGUAUCAACGAUGCUUUUAUCUAUCUGAAGGGAACUUUGAUCGUAGCGCCGUGCCAACGCAUCCAUCGUCUUCAACUUCAAGAUUGGUUGCGCGGUGCAUUCCAGAAGGUAUUUAAGUCGAAUCCAACAGUUACCACCACCAGUGGUCGAACUUUCAAAUUGGUAUACACUCUUGAGGGAUAUGGUUGUGCUCAUACCAUUUUAGCCAUAAGUGGAAGUCGGUCCAUUUCUUUUGAUUUGGUGCCGGCUUUCGAAUUCACAGGACAGCAGUGGCCCUUUGGAAUUCCACCGGUUUCAGCAAAAGUGCGCGAAAAUUGGCCAUGGUUCGCUAUUCCGCAGAAGAUGCUAAAGUCUAAGGCAAAAACUACAUUCAUGGUUUGUGCACCCCAUUGGGAACGUGAAAUUAUGAAGGACUCGGAUAAUAUGAAGAACGUUCUACGGCUGAUGAAAGGAUUAAGGGACGCCCAUGCUAAGAAGUUGCCGCACUUAUCCAGCUAUAUGUUGAAAACAGUCUUGCUUCAUCGAGUCGAUACAGUUGACUGGCAACAAGACUUGGGCACUCUUUUAGUGGAGAUGUGGAGCCUUUUGGUGGAUCAUCUACGGAAUGGCCGGCUGGAAUACUUCAUGGCAAGGGGACACAACGUAUUUGUUCGGAUGAAUCAGGUGGAAAUCAAAAAAUGCCUAGCAACUUCUCAGGAGCUGCUCCAAAAACUUCGUUUGGUUCAGUUAAAAACUAACAAUUUCUUUUUGGCAGAACUUUUUAAUUUACCAACGUUCAUUAUUAAUUAGAUUGGAAUGUUCUCGCAUUACAACUUAAUGUUUAUUUUUUCCAAACUGCGCUCUCCACUGAGUUCGUUUUAUUUACAGAUAAGAAAAAAGCUUAUGUAUGCGAAAAGAAUAAAUGCUCAUUUUCAAAGGGAUCGCUUGAAAUUUUUUUUUGCCUCUUUACGAUGUCGAAUAAAUAAACAACUUGAUAAAUACGAGAAGAUCAACUUCAUCGUUGAAUGAUUUUGAAUCCAUUUAAAAUACCAAAUGUCAUUAAAUUGUCUUCUUGGAUUUUGUAUUCUUUGUUGAAUUAAUAAAAGCUAAUUAAAACUAAAA